GUUAUCUUCCCACCCGUAUACAACAUGGAUAUCCAAACAAACUCAACAAAAGCGGCAAACCAUACAAGAGGGCUAGUGCAUGGGUUUGGUGACGCACGGCGUAUAUAUCAUUAUAGACCCUUCGAUCAUUCCCUCCGCCUGCGUUACAUCACCAAGCCCUCGAAGAAGCACAACCAAAAGCGAGUAUCGUCACCAAAGCCAUGGGAAAACAGAUGUCUGCUCUCAAGCUCGCACACAACCUCGUCGGCUCUAGCAUUCGCCUUCGUGUGGCGCGGGGGGGGUUUCAUAGAAGCCUUCAUACUACUCAGAGAAGGACCCUUGAAGAGCUCUCCUCGGGCAACAAGCCUUCUCAGGACCAUGGACGCUACGCAACCUGGGAGAUGUUUUUCGACCAGAAUAAGCGGUACACCGACCGUUCUUUAGGGUUGGAAAAGGAUGCGGCGAAAUCCCACAAUGCUGUCAGAGCUGUCGGAGCUUCUUUGGAUGAGUUGAGGAGGAAGGCGGAUAAGGGGCUCGAGAGUUGGGAGACGAGGUCAAAAGACUGGGCGAAGAGAUGAGUGCUCAAUUCGCGGAUUUGCACGGGGUACGUUCUGAAUUCUUGGGUUCUAGUGAAGCCACUAAUCUAUGACAAGGCUCAAAAAAAGAAUGAGGGCAUGCUAGUUGUUGUUCAUUCCGGUAUUGGUUGAACAUCCUUCACAAUUGACCGUACAUGUUACUAACAUUUGGCGAAGCUGAUUACUCUCGUGGUAUCCCUGGAUAUGACCUGUAUGAGCAAAGUAGGAAGCGAAAAUAACUAGUUUUCCUUUAUGAAUUACUUUCUGUUUUUCUGAGGGGAAAACUAUGGGUUUGCUAGAAUGAUUUUAUGGGGUUCAGUGAUUCGGUUUUCAACCGAGGAUUCUGUAGUAAGCUACAAUUGAUACUUUCAAGGGAAAAAGUUGAUACAGUUUCCAAUGGUGGCAGGAC